GGAGCGGCGGGCGCAGAGCGCGAGGGACACCGCUCGCUCCGCUGGGCUCGGCUCGCACCGGGGCCGGGCGCUCCAUGAGCCGCCGCGGGGGCGGUGGGCGCUGCGUUCGCUCCCCGCCGCGGAGCCGCCGCGCCGCCGGAGCCGGGAUGUGACUUGCGGAGGGCUGGCGGACAGAGCUGCCCCGCCGCCCUCGGCCGCAGCGGACAGCGGACAGAAAAAUGAAAACCUUCCCAGCCAUUGGUUUCUUGCUGCUGUUGGUGAUCAGCUAUGGCUCUUCAGAGAACUCCAGCACGCCCCGGGGCUGCGGGCUGGACCUCCUGCCCCAGUACGUGUACCUGUGUGACCUGGACGCCAUCUGGGGCAUCGUGCUGGAGGCCGUGGCAGGGGCAGGUGUGCUGACCACGCUGCUGCUGAUGCUGAUCUUGCUGGUGAGGCUGCCCUUCAUCAAGGACAAAGAGAAGAAGAGCCCCCUGGGAAUGCACUUCCUCUUUCUCUUCGGGACUCUGGGACUGUUUGGGCUGACGUUCGCGUUCAUCAUCCAGGAAGAUGAGAUGGUGUGCUCUACCCGAAGGUUUCUGUGGGGAGUUAUCUUUGCUUUGUGCUUCUCCUGCUUGCUAGCCCAGGCCUGGAGGCUCCGCAGGCUCGUUCGCCACGGCAAGAGCCCGUCGGGGUGGCACCUGGCCGGGGUGGCCACGUGCCUGAUGCUGGUGCAGGUCAUCAUCGCGACCGAGUGGCUGGUCCUGACCGUGGUCAGGGAGAACAAGCUGGCCUGCAGCUACGAGCCCAUGGAUUUUGUGAUGGCCUCCAUUUAUGUCAUGUUCCUGAUGGUAUUUACCAUGGGAUUCUCGUUUUUCACUCUCUGUGGGAAGUUUAAGAAAUGGAAGAAAAACGGAGUAUGCCUCAUUAUAACGCUUUUCUUUUCCAUUCUGAUCUGGGUGGCCUGGAUGACUAUGUACCUCUUCGGGAACGCUGAGCUCCAGAGAAGGGACAAAUGGAGUGAUCCCACUCUGGCUAUUGCACUGGUGUCCAGUGGCUGGGUGUUUGUUAUUUUUCAUGCCAUCCCAGAGGUCCACUGUACCAUCCUUCCAUCACAGCAGGAAAACACACCCAAUUAUUUUGAUACUUCACAGCCAAGGAUGCGUGAAACCGCUUUUGAGGAAGAUAUACAGCUUCCUAGGAGCUACAUGGAAAAUAAAGCCUUUUCAAUGGAUGAACAUAAUGCAGCGCUGAGGACGGCAGGAUUUCGGAACGGCAGCUUGGGCAGCCGGCCCAGUGCUCCUUUUAGAAGCAAUGUUUAUCAGCCAACUGAGAUGGCAGUUGUGCUAAAUGGUGGGACUAUACCAACUGCUCCGCCAAGUUACACUGGACGACACCUCUGGUGAAAGGCUGUAGGCUGUAGAGAAUAAGAAUCCUUGUUCAGAUGUUGUUCCCUGGCAGUGUGUCUUUGAGGGAAGGAAUCCAUAACAGUACCAGAACAAAGCAACAAAACAUCCAGGAUCUUUCUAAAUCCUACAGAGGAUUUUGCUUAAAUGUGAACACCAUUGAAUGGAGAAUUGCAAAAGCAAAAUUGUGAAACUGAAGCUGAAUCUAAUUUAAAACAGAAGUAGGCACACCUUAAAUUGGCAGAGGAGAUACUGUAUCCUGAAGUGUAAGAUAUUCUCUUGUCUGUAACUUGUGUGCCAGGCAAGCCUGGUUUUGGUGGUUGCCAGUUGCUUGCAAAAUCCCUUCCUCUCACCUAAACUUAAUUCAUGUUGCCACAAGAGAUUGCCACUACAGUGCGAAAACACGCGGGAUUUCUUUCCAUUUUUCUCCUUUUCCUGUCAUGUCCAAGGUCACGAGAAGCCCCGUUUGCUCCCUCCCUGGCUGUGCUGUACGGUCACGCAGCACCGUGUGUGGUCAGACACGGUCCCUCGGUGGCAGACCGGUCCCUGUGGCUCUGCAGGCUGAUGCUCUGUUCUCUCAGGAGCUCUGCUCUGUCAGGAGCUCAGCUGCCCUGGAGGUGCAGUUCGGAGCUCUGUGCAUGUUCCGGGCGCCUUGUGGAGCUUCCUGGGGCAGAGAGAGAAGCGCGGCCCCGGCAGGGCGGCUCUCCCCGGCCCCAGGGAUGGAUUCGGUGACAGCAGCCCCGGCCGGCUGUGAGUAGAGCGAGCCCACAGGCGAAGCCGUCCCUGGGAGGGCUGUUCUGGCCAGGCUGGGCUGGCAGAGGCGCUGCGGAGCCGCCGGGGUGCGGAGGGUCAGAGGCCGAGCCCCCGUGGUUGGAAGCCGAGCGCUCCGCUCCCCUCGGCCGCAGCUGUUCGUGCAUUUCAAUGUGGUUGUGCAUUUUAGUGCCUAGAGAGUAGAAUCUCUGUGCUGGAGGUGGUUUGUUGUUGUUUUUGUUUCUAUUUAAGGUGGUUUCUUCCCUAGUCCUCCUCUCCCCAUCCAGUUUCUUGAGUUGAUAUAAGGCAGAGUUUUCAAGGCUGUUCAUCUUUGUUUUCUCCAGGUUAUUUAAACGGUUCCCAUUGCCCAUUUGUUGUGCCAUGGUUUCUCAUUAUGUUCAAGCAAUCAUUCCUUUCUUUAACAUUUAAUACAUAUCGGACAUUGAAAACAUCACUGUAUCCUCACUGUUUGGCCAAUGUUAAUCUUAGCUUUCCUCAAUACUAAAAGCUAAUUGUUUUUACUUGAAGGCAUAGGAAACAUCUAACAAUUAAACUUUGCAUAUGCUGUAAUAAAAAUAUAUAUUUUCAAACUAAAAAGAAAAAGUACAAAUAACUGAAUAGCUUAGUAGCUUCAUAGAGAGAAGUUACUUGCUGUAUACUGCAGAAGAAAGACAAGCUUUUUAUUUUUCAAGAGUCUUCCUGAUUCCUCAUGUACCUCCAUUUCUACUGAAUUAGGAGCCUAGUCCUGCAGACCUGUACUCCCACGAGUAGUCCCAUCGACACCAGUAGGUCUACACAAGGUACAGAGGCUGCAAGACCAGUCCCUAAGUGUUGCACACAGAUAUAUGUAUAUAUAUAUAUGGAAAAAUAUCUAUUGCCAUUCUUGCCAUGAUCAUCUUAUGGGGUUUUAUUUCAAAGCCCUUCUCCUCCAGAAGCAAUGUUUUUCUGUCAUGCAUGAGUGAAGGAGUAUGUCAGCUCCCCCCUGCCCUCCCUCCUCGAGGCAAAGGAAGCAUGUGCUUGUUUUAGGGAUCCUUUAUUUCAUUUUGUAUGUAACUAGAUGGCCUUAGUAACCAAGUAGGGUAGGGGUGGAUAUUGCAUGCUAUCCAGUGACUUAGAAAUACAUUUUGCUUGUUAUGAGCGGAGCUUUGAUCAAAUAAGAUAAUAUUUAAGAUAAUGAUAGCCACCCAGAAGACACGUAAUUUGGAACAAUAAAAAAACUAUUACCAUCACUUGCCUGCAGACUUUUGCUUUUAAAAACCAGUUAGAAAAAAAAUCCCUUAUAAAACUCUUAGCAUAAAAACAUAUAAGAUGACCAUGGCAUAAAUGGUAGGACAGGUUUCUUUUAAAGAGUUUAUCAUGCUACAACCAAGAUUUAUGAAUUAUAAUACACAUCUUACAGACCUUUGACAAAAACUAUACAAGACAUAGUUAUCUUAAGAAACUUUCUUUUUCUAGAUGUGACUGAAUUGAUAAAUAGAGUUCUCAAUCCUGCUUCUGAUGAAGUUGUUUGGGAUUUCAGGGCUUUUGCAAAGAUAUGGCCAGACCUUACAAACUGCAAUUCACAUGACGAGUCUCACUGGCUUAGUCAUGUGGACUAUUCACUGAAUAAAAAAUUAGCAGGAUUGGGUUUAAUGUGUGGUGGUGAAUGUGUGGCAAUAGAUUUAGGAGGGUCUUUAUUUUCCAACUUUUUACAAUUAGUGAUGAGCAACUUUUUUUUGUAAGUCACUAGUCUGUGAUGUAAAAUGCCCCAAAAUAAAACUGUAAUUGAAGAAAGGCACCUUUCUGUUAACUUAUAUUUUUGUUACAGUAUUUACUUUUGCCUUUUUUGAAAGUUUUCUAGAAUGUAGAGCAUCUGUGAACAACAUGAAUAAGGAACUAAGCACAAGCCUUUCACAGUUCUCCUGAUUAUAAUUAGCUUUUAUACUAUAAAAGCUACUAUGUUGUCCCUUGAUGGUUAUGUGCUCAUGGUGUUUCCAUGCAGAAAAAUGAAAUCAAAAAGCAUCUGACAAAAGUAUCUAUUAGCAAAACAAGAUUUAAAAUGACCAGCUUUUGAUCAAUGGCAGGAAAAGAGUUCAAAGUCCUACAGAUCCUGUCCAGCUUUCAGAUGGGUUGAGGGUGUUUGAUUUUGACACUUGCCAGAAAAUAUGUAGCAUCUUCAGAAGAACACUCUCAAUACAUCCAGCUGCUUCUAUAAACAAGGUACAUGAAAUACUUUAGAAUUAGCUGUUUCUGCUUUUAUUCUAAACACAGGCAUCUUGCUUGGCUUUGUCUGAGCUUGAUGCCUUGGGUCUAACCAAAGGCCAUACAAAAGGGAGCAUUGUAGCUUUUAUAACAAAACAAUUGGAUUAUUCUACCAACUUACAGGAUUACAAAGCAGGUGCUUUUUAUUAAUUGAUGAGAGCUAAAGCUCAUUUUUGAUAGAUAAUAUAUAUUUAUUAAAUGUAUUAACGUGUGUUUUAUAACGUACCCUUUUUCCUGCUGAUUGUUGCAUACUGGUAUCUUAUUAAGUACAUCUUUCAAGGGUUUUCAAGACAAUCAAUGCGUACCAUGAUGACUGUACAUAAGUAUACAAAACUACAAAGGUUGUAAAGCAUGGGCAAAUGUUUUAUUUUCAAAAUGCUGUUCUUAACGAGAAUAAAGGCUUUACUAUUUACUUACAA